AAGGAAUUCAAGGUUACAAAUAUUUCUCCGAAUGGUGAUCAACUAAGUUCUCUUGAUAUUUCACAAGAAACCAAAUUACUCACAGAGAUCGAAAGGAUUGGCGAAGAGCUAAAUACGAUGAUCCUGGUUAAGGAUGCUCAGUAUCGUGUGAUCCAGGGCUUCCCAGUACGUAGGGACCUGCGAGAUGACGAAUGGCAUCAAAUAGUUCGUCGCGCAUAUUCAAAGCAUCAUCGCGAAGUUGAAAAGCUGCGACAACAGGCAAACCGCAACCGUGACGCUUUAAUAUAUCUCGUCGACUUGAAAUUAAAGAAGGUUAAUGCAUUCGAAGCUUCUCUUUCAAGACAACAACAAAAAAACACUGCUCGUCAAGCCGAGGAAACUUCAAGACAAGGACAAACUCUUAUGACCUUCACAAUCGCCACAAUUAUAUUUCUCCCGUUGUCAUUCAUGGCUGCCUUCUUCGCCAUAAACUUCGAAGAAUUCCCAAAGAACAGCGAUGGAUCAUCACACCUGACUCUAGCCUGGGUUUCCAAAUACCUCUAUACUUGGUAUCUCGAUGGCAGUGUCCCUCCCCUCCAUCCUUCUUGCUUUGAACCUGGCCCGUUUAAGAGCAUGGUUUGCAGAUGCCUGGAUGUGGAUCCAACCUCCUUUCUCUCCAAUCAAGUACUUAGCAUGGUCUGGCCUCGGUCUGUCACAAUUAGCUCUAAGCGCGCCGAUAUUGCAAGUCAGGACGAAUGAGGAAUUGAAAAAGAUGGAAACGUCACUAUACUCGCCAGAUCAUGUCGAUGAAGUGGAAGAGUUCCAUCCAGAGGGAGUCAAGUCUCUCUCAGCAACAUUGAGGUGAAAGAAAAGGCCGGCAGGAGAUUUGGAGAAUGGGACUGCAAAGGGUAUUGCCAGAUCUUGAUAGGGGGCUGGCAUCGCAGUUGGGAAAACGAUAGCGGGAUUGCGCUUACUCGAUUUCUUUGGACCCGACGAUCACAUUCAAAUCUUCCAAAAAAAACCCCCAAAAAAACCCCCCCAAAAAAAGGGAUUAAAAAAUUGUGACC